AUGGCCCCCGACGCCCUCGGAAGCGAUGCUCCAGCGCAUGGAUCGUCGGCGAGCCCUACAGAUCCAGGAGCUCGCAUUACAAGCAGCUCGGUGGAUCCGAAUAGCACUUCAUCCCCGACAGCUGGGAAAAGAACUUCCCAGAACUCUUCACCCGGGGUAGAGAAGCGUCGACAGAAACCAUCUCUCCUACGACAGAAACAUUCCCCUUCAGGUACUAGGGUCUCAGUGGUAGGGGAGCAAAGCCUGCCUCGUUCCGAAAAUGGCGAUGUCAAUCCAAUUCGGACACAGAGUGUGGAUUUUGAGGGCGAAACUCUUCAUGGUUCUGAAGAAACAGCCUUUGGAAACCUUGGAUCCGGUAUGGGCUUGGAUGCUUCAAUAGGAGCCCAGCCCUUGCAGCAAAGUUUUCCAGGCCCGGAGAAUUGGGAAUUGGAGCUUCUUGGUGAAGACAGUUUAUGCACCAAUAUCCCUAUCAUUUCAAACUUCACAGCGGUACAGCAGUCAACUCCUUACGAAUAUGUUCCAUUCUCUUCCAACCUUGCUAGAUCCCUUUCAAGUUCUCUCACAGACAACUGUUCUCCAUUCGAUGCAAAUCCAACCGCAAAGAAUGGGAAUGGUGUCGCCGCUCUGCCGUUCCGGAGUAGUGAGCAAACAUCGUCCAGCCUGAUAGAUGAAAUGACCCUUCUCAGACACUUUGUCGACUUUGCAGUGCCACCAAUCCUGGAAGGCGUUGAGCCACGGUGGCAUACUUAUCGAGAUGCCCUCCUCCGUCUUUCGAAAACCAGCCUUCCUCUACGACACUCGAUAUGCGCCUUUUCCGCCUUAUCGAUCGAAGAGCCGCCUACCCAGCAGACAUCUCCAGCUGCGGAGUCAUCGAAUUUCUAUUUUACAGUCGCAAUGAACGAACUAAAGAAGUUGCUCGAAAGCCAAUCUGAGGUGAACACCCGACUGGACUCCCGCGAGGCGAUCUUAGGAAGUAUAUUCUUCCUAUCAUAUGUGGGAAUCAUUAUAUCCAAAGCUCAUAAACGCUCGGCGGAGCUAUUGGAUCAAGCUUAUCUUCUGCUAAGCCAGAAUACACCUUCAACAUCGGCAUUAUACAACCAACUUCAGAUCUGGCUGAAAUUACUGGAUGCGAAGGUCGGCAGCGACUCGCCCGCAGGAGAUGGCGAGCAAGCCAGCAUGGAGACGGAAGAUAUUCUUUUCACGUCUCUCAACCGACAGGCCUACAACUUCUACCUUCAAGUGCUCAAUUUCUCAUGUCGAAUCGCACACCUGGACAAAUGGCAUCGCUCUCGAGGAUCUGUGGAAGACGAGCUAGAGGUAUUGCUUGCAGCGGAUAAAAUCAUGCGCGACCUCAAUGCGCUCUGGACCCGCAGACCUGCAAUUAUUGACCUUGCAGACCAAAGAGGGCUCCAGCAGUAUAUCGGGUCGGAGUUAACAACUAAAGUACAGCAUCACCUGCGGACCUACACGGCCAACUUCCAUGCUUGCUUUAUACAUCUUCAACGAGUCGCCUAUGCGCAGUUGCAAUCGAUUCCACAAAUCAAACCUGCGGUGUCUAAGAUUGUGCAUCUGUCACGGAUGACAUUAGAAGAAGGGCAAUCCCUGCCCGUCAGUAUGCUGUGGCCGCUGAUGAUGGCUGCUUGCGAGGCCGAGGAAGAGGACACACAAUCUUGGAUUAUUGAAUGCAUUGAGGGGAUGAAGGUCAAGGUUGGAAAUACCACUCGGACAGCGAACCUAGUGCGCGAGAUCGUUGCGCGGCAAAAAAGCGGGCAGAGAGCGGACGCCAGGACUGUGAUGCAUGAAGCUUUUGAGGGAGAGUUUGCGAUUAUUUGA